GCGAGGCUGGAGUUCCCGGAUGCAGGCACGUUCGGCGGUUAUAAAGCGCCGAGGGAAGGCGGGAGCGGACGCAGUUUGAAUCGCGGCGGGUAGGAACGGGUCGGUAUUGUCACCCCGGCUCUGUUGCGUGAGGGACGGUCUCUUUCUUCGUUUGCCUCUGCGCGGCGCUGCGGUCCGGCUCACGAUGGCUGGUGGUAAAGCUGGGAAGGACUCCGGAAAGACCAAGACCAAAGCGGUUUCCCGUUCUCAGCGGGCUGGAUUGCAGUUCCCUGUUGGCCGCAUCCACAGGCAUCUGAAGUCUAGGACUACUAGCCAUGGACGUGUAGGAGCCACAGCUGCUGUGUAUAGUGCUGCAAUCCUGGAGUACUUAACAGCUGAGGUUCUUGAGCUGGCAGGAAAUGCAUCCAAAGACUUGAAGGUGAAACGUAUUACUCCCCGUCACUUGCAGCUAGCAAUUAGAGGCGAUGAAGAAUUGGAUUCUCUCAUUAAGGCAACAAUUGCCGGUGGUGGUGUAAUACCGCAUAUCCACAAGUCUCUCAUUGGAAAGAAAGGACAGCAGAAAACCGUCUAAAGGAUACCAGGAUUCCAUGUUAUCUCAGGACUCUUAAGUACUUAAUUGUCCAGUGUUGGUGAUUCCAGUGGACUGUAUCUGUGAAACACAAUUUUGCCUUUUGUAACUUUGAGACGCUAAAGCUCCCUUGAGCUUUCUAACAAACCAAAUUUCUGCAUUGAAGUCUUAACCGUAUUUAAGUGUUACCAUGGCUUCAAAGAAGCUAUUGUAUUUGUAGUGGGUUUUGAUUGAGCUGACUGUUUCUAGAUUGGUUUAAGUAAAGGAAAUGUUUGGUUUUGUACAGACUUUUCAUCCACUAGAGUGGAAAUAUUCAAUAAAUGUUAUAUCAA